AUGGCUGGGGAGAAUUUUCAGCACCAAAACAUUAUGCGUUUGCUCGCAUAUGAUGAAGAUGAUAAAAAUUAUUAUUUGAUCUAUGACCAUAUGCCUAGCAGUCUUGAGGAGAAACUAACAGACUUGAGCUGGGAGGAUACAGUGGAGAUCCUUAAAGGUGAAAUUAUCUUUGAUCCAGAGAUCGAGAAGACCGCAAGGGCGAAUCGGAGAGCCAAAAGGCUAGCCGACGGGCUCGUGGAGCCAACCUCUUCUUUCGACGACAGUGAGAGUGAAGAAGAACAAGAAUUGACUGCAACCACAAUGGCUAGAGAACGAACAUGGAGGGAGCUAGCAGCUCCUGACUUGAACCAACAACCAUUGUGUAUUACAUACCCAGAAACAGAGGCCGCCUUCGAGCUGAAAUCAGGGCUGAUACACCUUCUACCUACCUUCCACGGACUUUCAGGAGAGGACCCACAUAGGCAUCUCAAGGAGUUCCACACCGUGUGCUCCACGAUGAAACCCCGAGGGGUGACAGAGGAGCAGAUUAAGAUGAGAGCUUUUCCUUUUUCCUUAGCUGACAAGGCCAAGGAUUGGCUCUAUUACUUACCGCCGGGGUCCAUCGCUACAUGGAACGAUCUGAAGAGACAAUUUAUCGAAAAAUUCUUCCCAGCUUCGAGGCUAGGCACCAUCAGAAAGCAAAUCGGUGCCAUUCAACAAUUCUCGGGCGAGACGCUAUAUGAAUAUUGGGAGCGGUUUAAUCAACUCUGCGAGAGCUGCCCCAAUCAUCAGAUCUCAGACCAGCUCCUGCUCCAGUAUUUCUAUGAGGGUUUGCUCCCUAUGGAUAGAACCUUAUUAGAGGCAGCAAGUGGAGGAGCAUUAGAGGAUAAAACGUUACGUGAAGCUCGAGAUUUGAUCUCUAGAAUGGCAGCUCAUUCUCAAAAAUUUGGAGGUAGACAAGAUUCAGUUCCCAGUAGAGUGAACGAGGUGGGAAGCUUGAGCCUAGAGGGCCAGAUAUCAGAAUUAACAACUUUGAUGAAGCAAGUGGUAUUGGGCCAAGUACAAAACACCAAGAAAUGCGGCAUAUGCUUCCUCCAAGGCCACGCCACCGACGCUUGCCCACAGCUACAAGAUGAACCUGAUCCGCAAGCAAAUGCCAUUAGCGGGUUCUCAAAUCAGCAAAGGCGGUACGAUCCAUACUCCAAUCAGUACAAUUCGAGAUGGAGAGAUCACCCCAAUUUGAGAUAUGGACAGCAGAAUCAGCAGACACCACCACAAGCUUUCAGAUAUAAGAAACCCGAUCCUCCACAUAACCAGGAAUCAAACUCUUUGACAUCAUUGGAAGACAUCGUCAAGAGCUUAGCAACUAGCACCCUUUCAUUUCAAAAAGAGGCAAGGGCGAGUAUUCAAAAUCUGGAGAAUCAAAUGUCUCAACUCGCCACCACCGUAAGCAAACUAGAAGGUGCGAAAGGGAAGCUACCAUCCCAAACGGAAAUAAACCCAAGGGAGAAUGCAAGUGCAGUCACGCUAAGGAGUGGGAAGGUGUUGGAACCUGCAGUUCCUUCUAAAAAUCGGGCACAAGACAAAAUUGAUGAGGGUGAAACAAAGAAAGAGAAGUCGGUCGACGAGACGAAGGAAGACAUCAUUAACACUCCCAUCCAAAAGAUAGUCAUUCCUCCACCAUUCCCAAGUCGAUUCGCGAGAGCUAAGAAAGAGGAAGCGGAACAAGAAAUUCUCGAGACCUUCCGGAAGGUAGAAGUGAACAUUCCUCUACUCGACGCGAUCAAACAAGUGCCCAGAUAUGCUAAGUUCCUCAAGGAAUUAUGCACCAACAAGAGGAAACUGAGUAAGGGCGAAAAAAUAAGUGUAGGGGAGAAUGCAUCGGCCGUCAUCCAAAGGAAAUUGCCACAAAAGUGCAAGGAUCCAGGUAUGUUUACCAUUCCAUGCACUAUAGGUGAGAAAAGAAUUGAGAAGGCCAUGCUAGAUCUAGGUGCAUCCAUAAAUGUCAUGCCUUUAUCCAUUUACAGGACUUUGAAUUUAGGGCCUUUGAAGGACACUAAAAUUAUCAUUCAGCUUGCUGAUAGGUCUAAUUCAUACCCAGAGGGAAUGAUUGAAGAUGUGUUAAUUAAGGUCAAUGAAUUCAUCUUUCCCGUAGACUUUUAUAUCAUUGACAUGGGUGACAAGCACAAUUCUAACUCGUCACACAUUUUGCUUGGAAGGCCAUUCAUGAAAACGGCCCGAACAAAAAUCGAUGUGCAUAAUGGGACACUUUCUUUAGAAUUUGAUAAAGAAACGAUUACAUUCAACAUAUUCGAUGCUAUGAGACAUCCAGAUACUUUGGAAUCUAUAUCUUGUGUUGAUGUAAUUGAUUCGUCUGUUCGAGAUGUGGCAGAACAGAUUUUUGUGCAGGAAGAGGUCGAUUGGGCAAUCCAACAAAUCAAGGAUUAUGAUGCCCAAUGGGAAGAAGAUGGAAGAGCAAAAGAUUCAAUUCAGCCUUUAAAAUCACUUAUAGAUGUGUCAAGAAGGUUUGAAAGUUCAGUUUUACCAUUACCGACUUCCACCGAUCGGCUUCUCCCUUCUAUUGUGCAGGCCCCCAAGUUAGAAUUGAAGAAGCUUCCAGAGAAUUUGAAGUACGUUUAUUUGGGUGAAAAGGAGACCUUACCAGUCAUCAUCUCAAAGGAACUAACAAAGGUACAAGAAGAACAACUAAUUCAGGUUUUGAAAGAGAACCAAACCGCCAUUGGAUGGACGCUCGCAGACAUCAAAGGCAUAAGUCCCUCUGUGUGUAUGCACCGAAUCUUAUUGGAGAAAGAUGCACAACCAAAGCGAGACCCACAGAGGAAGCUUAAUCCAACAAUGAAGGAAGUCGUUAUGAAGGAAAUACUUAAGCUCCUGGACUUAGGAAUUAUCUACCCCAUAUCAGACAGUCAAUGGGUAAGUCCGAUACAUGUGGUUCCUAAGAAAACAGGACUCACCUUGGUGAAAAACGAGCGGGGUGAGUUGGUUCCGACAAGAGUGCAGAACGGGUGGCGAGUGUGCAUUGACUACCGAAAACUUAAUGCGGCUACUAGGAAAGAUCACUUUCCUUUGCCUUUUAUCGAUCAGAUGCUUGAAAGGCUAGCUGGUAAGUCAUACUUCUGUUUUCUCGAUGGGUAUUCGGGAUAUUACCAAAUAGUGGUAGCACCAGAAGACCAAGAGAAAACAACUUUUACCUGUCCGUUCGGUACUUUUGCUUAUCGUCGUAUGCCUUUUGGAUUGUGUGAUGCCCCUGGAACAUUUCAACGUUGUAUGAUGAGUAUCUUUUCUGACAUGAUAGAAAACUGCAUAGAAGUGUUCAUGGAUGAUUUUACAGUCUAUGGUGAUUCUUUUGAUCGUUGUUUAGCUAACUUGUCCAAGGUCUUGCACCGUUGUAUUGAGUCGAACCUAGUACUUAACUAUGAGAAAUGCCAUUUUAUGGUGACUCACGGUAUAGUUCUAGGUCAUGUGAUAUCUUCUAGAGGCAUUGAAGUUGAUAAAUCCAAGGUUGAUCUAAUUUUAAAUCUGCCAUACCCAUCUAACAUUCGAGGUAUUCGAAGUUUUCUUGGCCGUGCAGGUUUCUAUCGGCGAUUUAUAAAGGAUUUUUCAAAGAUAGCUCAACCAUUGUGUCAUUUACUUCAGAAGGACACUGAUUUUGUAUUCGGAAAGAAUUGCAGGGAAGCGUUCGAUAAGCUCAAGGAGCUCCUUACAUCAGCUCCAAUCAUCCAACCACCUGACUGGAAGCUCCCUUUCGAAAUCAUGACCGAUGCAAGCGACUACGCUAUAGGAGCUGUUUUGGGGCAACGAAUGGAUAAACGCAGCCAUGUGAUCUAUUAUGCCUCCAAAACCUUGGAUGCAGCGCAGCGCAACUACUCGACCACAGAGAAGGAGCUUUUGGCCAUUGUAUUUGCAUUAGAAAAGUUUCGAUCAUAUCUGCUAGGAUCGAAAAUUGUUGUGUUUACUGAUCAUGCUGCACUUAAGUUCUUAUUGGCCAAGAAAGAGUCCAAACCUCGGUUAAUUCGUUGGAUCCUUUUGCUGCAGGAAUUUGACUUAGAGAUCAAGGAUAGGAAAGGAUCUGAGAACUCUGUGGCAGACCACCUGAGCCGACUUUAUGCCGAUUUGGUAAACUUCAUUGUAACAGGUACAUUUCCCCCUGGAUUAACUAAGGCAAGACGGAACAAGCUGCGUAGUGACUCUAGAUAUUACAUAUGGGAUGAACCAUAUUUAUGGAAGUUGUGUAGCGAUCAAGUCAUACGUCGUUGUGUUCCCAACAAUGAGAUUCAUUCCAUCCUAGCACAUUGUCAUUCAUAUGCAUGUGGUGGGCAUUUUGGGCCCAAGAGAACAGCUAGGAAAAUUAUGGAUAGUGGAUUCUAUUGGGAAACGUUGUUCCGUGAUGCAUAUGGAUUUUGUAAGGGUUGUGAAAGGUGUCAAAGAGUCGGGAAUAUAUCUCGUAGGAACGAGAUGCCUCAAGUGCCCAUGCUAUUUUGUGAAGUUUUCGACGUUUGGGGCAUGGAUUUCAUGGGACCUUUUCCUAGUUCAUUUGGUUUCAACUACAUUUUGCUUGCCGUUGAUUAUGUCUCUAAAUGGGUUGAAGCAAAAGCUACUCGGACUAACGAUGCUAAAGUUGUUGUAGGAUUCUUGAAGUCUAACAUCUUUAGCAGGUUUGGAAUUCCACGAGCCAUCAUAAGCGAUCAAGGAACCCACUUUUGCAAUCGCUCCGUCGAAGCAUUGAUGAAGAAGUAUGGAGUCCAUCACCGUGUAGCCACCACGUACCAUCCUCAAUCCAAUGGCCAAGCCGAGGUGUCCAACCGGGAAGUUAAGAGCAUUUUAGAGAAGACGGUCAACCCAUCAAGGAAGGAUUGGAGUUUGAGAUUGGAUGAUGCGCUUUGGGCCUACAGAACUGCGUAUAAAACUCCAAUAGGUAUGUCACCGUACCGUUUGAUUUUUGGGAAGCUUUGUCAUUUACCGGUUGAAAUUGAGCACAGAGCCUUUUGGGCGGUCAAACAAUGCAAUAUGGAUUUGAGGCGUUCCGGUGAGGAAAGAAAAUUCCAGUUGCAAGAACUGGAGGAAAUCCGCCUUGAGGCAUACGACAAUGCAGCCAUGUAUAAGGAACGCGCUAAAUUGCUUCAUGACAAGGUACUCCUUCGGAAGGAUUUCUCCAUUGGCCAAAAGGUAUUACUCUUUGAUUCAAGAUUGAAACUCAUGCCCGGUAAGUUACGUUCCCGGUGGAAAGGUCCUUUUGUGGUUUAUAAUGUGUUAUCUAAUGGGGUUAUUGAAAUUCAAAACUUGGAGACAAACCAAAUUUUCAAGGAUAAUGAACCAAAAAUCACCGAUUUUGGGACUCUCUCCAGGAUUGGUGCCAAGAAAUGGGUUAAUAUUUUUACGCCGGGCUAUGGUGCCCCAGAAGGGAAUGGAGGUCCACUAUCGGAUAGAGUGGAUGUUUUCAGCUUCGGGAUAGUGAUGCUGCAACUGCUGUCUCGUAACUUGGAGCUUGAGGUGCUUAUGGUCAAAGGAAAAAAGCCCAAGAAAAUGGAAUUGCGUGACUGGACAAUCAUGGAACUGGGUUUGAAACAUCAUGCAGUUCACAAGAAUUUCAAAGAAUCUUGUAAUAAGGACAUUGCUAUAGCUCUAACAGAGCUUGCAGUGCGUUGUACAAAUAGUAACCGGAAUGGUCGUCCCCUCAUGAGUGAGGUGGUUCAAAAACUCAAUAAUCUUGUGUCGCAAGCAAUUAUUCCUGAUCAAGUCAUUAAUUAA